UCGAUAAAUUUAAUUUUAGUUUAUCUCGUUGAGCUAUUUAUUUAAAAUAUAUAAACUAUAUAUAAAACAACGUCAGUAUUCAGUAUAACAAAACAACACUGUUCAAUCAGAAAAUUACUUUGUAAUACAUCUUUCAUUCGAAAAUAGUUGCAUAGUUUCUAAUCCACGAUGGUUUGUGAAAAGUGCGAAAAGAAGCUUGGCAAGGUGAUAACUCCGGACCCGUGGAAAACAGGUGCUCGGAAUACUACCGAGGGAGGCGGUCGGAAGAUUAAUGAAAACAAAGCACUUACCGGUGCAAAAAUGCGUUUCAAUCCGAUAGCCGGUAACUUUGCCCCGUGCCGUAUUUGUAAGCAGAAAAUUCAUCAGGCAGGUUCGCACUACUGUCAACAAUGUGCAUACAAAAAAGGAAUUUGCGCCAUGUGCGGUAAAAAGCUUAUAGACGUAAAAAACUACCGCCAAUCGUCGGCAUAACGAGGAUCGAUUUUCGAAAUGUUUUAGGAAGUAAUUAAGUAUAAUUUCAUAUAAAUAUCUAUUGUAAGUGUCUAACAAACUUUUUGGACUUAUACUUUUAUCGAAAAAGUAAAUAUAAAUCAUAAUAAUUACCUUAGGAA